AUGUCUAUUGUGCAAGUGUUGGUCAAGUCGGGGGCUAGUGACGAGUUUGUCUCAACUUACGCACUGCUUGAUUCAGGCAGCACAGGUACCUUUUGCACUGAACGGUUGAUGGGUAAACUCAAGGUGACUGGAAAAAGGGCUGAUGUUUUGUUGAAGACCAUGGGUAACGAGGUGCGUAAGAAAUCGUUUGUUAUACCAGCUCUUCAGGUAGCUCCGGUCGCUGAAGGUUAUAAUGAGGUCUCUGGGUGGAUUGAUUUGCCACCUGUCUUGUCUCAGCCCUCCUUGCCAGUCUCAGAGGAGGACAUUGCGACACAGGAAGACCUUUCUAGGUGGGACUAUCUUCAGGAAGUAAGGUUACCAGUGGUAGAAAAGAGUAGUGAGUUACAUGUAGGCCUACUCAUUGGUAUCAACUCACCUAAGGCUAUGGAACCGUUCAGGGUUAUCCCAAGUGAUGGUAAUGGGCCAUUUGCUGUGAAAACUAGGCUGGGAUGGGCGAUCAACGGACCGCUGGGUGAUCAGGACAGGGAGGAUGUUGGCAUCGGAAGCAUAGUUCAUAUAGUCCAGAACACGAGGGUGGACACGGAUCUGUUGGCAGCGGUCAACAGACAAGUGGAUUAUGAUUUCAGCGAGAGAGUAGUCGACGAAGUGGAGGAAUGCUCACUGGAGGACAAGCAGUUCUUGGAAUCCGUUGAGAAAUCGAUCGAGCAUAAAGAUGGGCAUUACACGAUAGGUCUCCCAUUCAAGGACAGCGAUGUCAAGAUGCCAUGCAACAGGUCCCAGGCUGAGCAAAGGUUGAAGCAUUUGGAAAAAAGGUUCGUCAGGGAUCCUGACUUUCACCGAGAGUACUCAGAGUUCAUGAAUAAAACCAUCGCUAAGGGUUACGCGCGUAAGGUACCUGCUGGGGCUGAACCUAAGGAAGGGAGGUUGUGGUACUUACCUCAUCAUGGGGUAUAUCACCCCCAAAAGAAGAAGCUAAGGGUGGUGUUUGACUGCGCGGCGAGGUUUGCCGGUACCUCACUUAAUGAUCGAUUGUUGUCUGGACCUAACCUCACCAACAAUUUAGUGGGGACAUUGCAUAGGUUUAGGCAGGGAGACACCGCCUUGGUUGGUGAUAUCGAGGCAAUGUUUUGUCAAGUGAAGGUUCAUUCGAGGGAUGUGGACUUCUUGAGGUUCCUCUGGUGGGAGGAUGGGGACGUGUCCAAGCCACCUCAAGAAUACCAACAAAUGACUCAUUUGUUUGGGGCCACUUCGUCGCCAGCUGUAGUUACUUACGCGCUGUUGAGGACGGCGACGGAUUUCGAGGACCAAUACGGAAAGGAGGCCGCGGACACGCUCCGUCGAAACUGUUAUGUAGAUGACUGCAUCCGGUCUGUGAAUGGUGUGAAGUGUGCUCAGUGUCUGCAGAAAAAUCUCAAGGGUCUUACUGGUGAAGGCGGAUUUAACAUGAACCGCUGGCUUAGCAACGCUCGAGCUGUUAUGCAAGCUAUCCCGGAGGAGGAAUGGGCGAAAGAAGCCAAGGAUCUAGACCUGUCGUCGGAGAAUCUGCCCACCAAUUGCACUUUAGGAGCAAAGGGGCUGUUGCAAGAGUUAAGCAGGCUGAAAUUGGCGUGGGACGACCCCAUUCCCAAGGAGCUGGAGGAAAAAUGGAUGAAAUGGAAGGGGGAAUUGAGUAGGUUGUCUGCCAUUCGGAUUGAUCGCUGCUUUAGGCCUAAGGAUUUCGGUGAGGUUGUGCGAUCUGAGUUGCAUCACUGCCCAGAUGCCAGGCAGUCUGGUUAUGGGUUGGCAUCGUUCUUGCGCUUAGUGAAUGAUAAUGGUGAUGUCCACUGUUGUUUGGUCACAGGAAAGGCUCGAGUAGCCCCAUUGAAACAAGUCACAAUACCGCAUCUGGAGUUGUCAGCAGCUACCGUAGCUGUUAGGGUGGACAGUAUGUUGAGGAGGGAGCUCGAUAUUGAAAUAUCAGAGUCCUACUUUUGGACUGACAGUAUGUCAGUUUUGAAGUAUGUUGCAAACACAUCUGCUCGCUUUCCUACCUUUCUGGCCGACCGCCUUAGAGUGAUUCAUGAAGGGUCCAACACAUUCCAGUGGCAUUACAUUCCCACCAGUCUCAACCCGGGGGAUGAGGCAUCUAGGGGGCUGUCUGCCUCUGAAAAAAAUGAGCGCUGGUUCCACGGUCCUGACUUUCUGCAUACACCUGAAAGUGAAUGGCCCAAAACUCCAGAAAUUUCGCCUCAAAAUCUGGAGACUGACCCUGAAGUCAAUUUGGUGAGUGCUGUUGUCACUCAGUGA